UGAGCAGCAGUGUAGCAAGGAAACUCCAACGCCAUCCAUCCACACACACCCAAAAGCAAAACCAGCACAAUCUGUCACAUACCUGAGCCCCAGCAGGAUCUGGGCCGCGCACCUCUGAGGGCCCCGUCCUUCGUUGCUCUAGAGGCGGAAACGAGCACCCGAGGGAGCGGGAGGCAGCAGAGACUAGCAUUUACAGUCGAAGCAAAUUACUUAAUUGCCCUGAGCCUGUUUCCUCCUCUGUAAUCUGCACGUAACCAUACCUACUCAGAGCUGUGUCUAAACAUACUAGGUAUUCAAAUGUCCAUGUCCCACACACACACCCACAUUUUCAGGACUGCACCAUCACCAUCCACAUUGUCUUAGUGGGUGAUGCUCAGCCAACGUUUGGUUCCCCAAUCCUCUCAGGAUGCUUGUGCCUUCUUCUCUCCUCCGAACAACAUACAUUAAAGGCUCAGGAAUGCAAAAUGUAGCACUGCCCAAACCACAAUUAGUGAAGCAGAGCCACAGAAGGGACGAUCUAAACCCAAGGGAUGGGCAUUUCUGAUUGCUUGAUAUUAAGCGUGGCCUGCCUCUUGGAGAUCACGGAAGGUUAGCUGAGACGGGGCUUCAGUCUUCCAGGCUCCUAGGGACUAGGGGAGAUCCAGAAACCAGGGGAUGAGGGUCAAGGCUAGGGGUGGCAGUGAACGAGGAUAGGAGGACAACGACUGACAGAUUUGGGUGGGGAAGAAGAGUCAGAUCCUAAGAUACACCUCCGGUGCUGGCCCUCGGAACAAGGAGAAACAAGGCAUUCUCCAUGAGAGGACGAGCCCGGGGACUUGUCUUUAGCAGGAAGGUCACAGCAUGUUCCAGGGACAAUGAAGAGGCUGGUCUGGCUGGACUGGAAGUUUGAGCUAGAGAACUAGCAGGAGAGAAAGCUAGAGAGCCAGGAGUCCCAGAAUGUUCCAGCCAAGCUCAGGCUGGCCUCGCCCUUCCUGGUGGCAGAAGAGAAACAGAGAGUCAAGGAGAGACAACAGUGUGUGGGGUCAGCAUGGGGGAGUUACAGGAGUUACAGAACCAUGCUCUCAGGAAUACAGGCAGGAGCCCGAGAGAGCUCAAAACCACUGGAGAGUCACCCUAAGUUCCCCUUGCCAACAGCAAAGCCAGAGAGCAGCUUCCCACCCAGCCUCUGGAAGACCGUGCUGUGUGCUCACAAAUGAGAAGACAAAUAAUGUCUUAGUGUCAUCAUGGACAUACUUUUGACCUCUCAGACCUUCUAAAAGCAGUCCCCAUCCAAGGGCCCAGGGAAAAAGGUGUGCCCCCCUAUAUAGAAGCAACACAGGGCCCCCAAGGGAUGAAUGGAGAAGAAUCUGGGGGUGCAUUUUCUCCCGAGUACAAGGACAGCUGCGUGAGAAUCAGAGAAUCUGUCUCCUUUGUUUCUUCUCUCCCCUCUGGGUUCCUCACUGGUUCCCACUGUUGCCAAAACGCACCGGCCCCAGUGGAGGCUGAAAGAGGUGUGUCCUCCAAAGCCUGCUUUUGGAUUUCCACAGUGCUAGAUUCAGCUCGUGGCUCUGCACCACACCAGCUGUGUGACCCUGGGGAAGCCUCAGUGCCGUCAUUUGUGACAUGGUUAUGCGACCUCGUAGUGUGGCCUAGGGAGGGAAACAACGGGUAAAGCCUCUUGCCCAGGGCCGACUACGUAACGUUCUGCAAAUGGUCCAGCCACAGGAAGGAUGCUGCCUCCCUCGUCCUGCCCUGUCCACCUCCCCCAACUCCGUGCGAGCAUGGCUAACACAAACCAGGUUAACAAGUCCUUUCUUUUCUCCCUGAGGACAUCUGGGCCAGACUGGGUUUUUCCAGAGACAGUCGUCACAGAGGAAGAGGCAUGAAGUGGUCUGGCUCACAGAGUGUGGGUUUUCUCUCCCGCAGCAGCAGAUGGCACCAAAGGCCAGGAUUCACAGCUCAGGGGGUCUGCCCCUGCCCACCCUGUACGAGGACUUGGCUCCUCUUCCUUCUUCUCUGCCUUUUCUUUGCAGGCCGAAGGGCCCCGGGGAGCAGAGGCAGCCAGCCCCUCCAGCUCCCCUAGUCACAUCAGCACGGACAGAAGCAGCCCCGUGCACAUCAUGGGCUUCCUGGACGGGCUUAGCUCCUGGUUCUGGCCACACCUGUACACUCAAGGGGCCUCCCAAAGACCUGGGCUUGGCUACUGCCCCAGACGCGGGUGGGAGAACAGCUGGUUUUGUCCAGACCCCUCAGGGUGCCUAGGCCUAAACCCUCACACCCAGCUUCCAAGGCUCCCUCAUGCCGGCGUGAUCCUCCUUCCCUCCCAGCACCUCUCGGGUGCUCCCUUAAUACUUUGGGUGAGGUAAGGAAAGGGGGUGUCCAGCUCUCCUGAUCAUACCCCCCGAUGAGCACCUAGUUUCCUCUGCUGGGUGUUCUCAAUCACGACCUGUGCCUUUAAGGACCGUUGCCCCGAGCCAAGCUCUUGACCUUAGCAUCCUCAGCUGAGUUGGAUUAAGGAACCAUUUCAUGCCUUUGCGAAUUCCUUCUGGCUGCUUCCUUCCCCAAAGUAGCCAGUGGCCUGAACCAGUCGGCCAAGGGCGGUCUGAGAGUCCAUCUAGCCUGGCAGACCCUUCCCGAAGGGAGCAGAGGCUGCCCCUCUGAUAGGCAGUUUGGGAUCAGGGAGUGAGCCCUUGGCAGCCUUGGGCGAUCACAGGGAAUCCCAGAAAGCCAUGCAGAGCCUUGAGCCAUGAAGGAAUGCUCAGAUGUCAUCCUGUGUGUGGAGGCGACAGAACUGAGCAAGGUAAGGGUCACAUAGGACUGCUCUCUCGAGGCCCAGAUCCCUGCCUAGGGCUGGCCAUGUCCGGGGGCCAUGCCAGCCUGGCAGUGCGGCCACUGGCCCUCAGCCCUCCAGUCUUUCCCUUCCAGACUGAGUUCUGCAAUCCUGCUUUUGAGCCUGAAUUGGGGCCACCUUGCCCUCCAGCAGCCUUCCGGGAGGAUGCCAGCCACAGCAUCCCAGCUCCCCGGCAUGGCCGGCGCUCCCGAGGGCUGCAGCCAGACUGCCACUUCUCCUGGCUGUGCAUCCUCCUGCUGGCCAGCCUGCUGCUCCUGCUGCUUGGGCUCCUAGUGACCGUCAUUCUGGCCCAGUUGCGGGCUACACCCCUGUCUGGGGCCUCUACACCACUGCCUGCCCAAGGCCUGACCCCCAGUGGGACCACCCCCCCAACCCCCACCAGCCCUUCCACCACUACCACUUCUCCGGCAUCUGGGAAUCCCAAAGGACAGCCGGAGGAGGCAGGCAUGAGCCCCUCGCCCCAGCCCACCUGUGGGGGCCUCCUUCCUGGCCCAAGGGGCUUCUUCAGCAGCCCCAAUUACCCAGACCCUUACCCACCCAACGCCCACUGCGUGUGGCAUAUCCAGGUGGCAGCAGACCACGCAAUACAGCUCAAGAUUGAGGCGCUCAGCAUGGAGAGUGUGGCCUCUUGUCUUUUCGAUCGCUUGGAAAUCUCCCCUGAGCCUGAAGGGCCCCUCCUCAGAGUGUGUGGGAGGGUGCCUCCCCCCACACUGAACACCAACACCAGCCGCCUGCGGGUGGCCUUCGUCUCUGACAGCAGCGUGGAAGGAUUUGGCUUCCAUGCCUGGUACCAGGCUGUGGCUCCCGGCACCGGGAGCUGUGCUCCUGACGAGUUCCCCUGUGACCAGCUCCUCUGCCUGCUGCCUGACUCAGUGUGCGAUGGUUUUGCCAACUGUGCUGAUGGCAGCGAUGAGACCAACUGCAGUGCCAAGUUCUUGGGGUGCGGGGGGAAUCUGACUGGGCUCCAGGGCACUUUCUCUGCCCCGGGCGACCUGCAGAGCUACCCUCACCAGCAGCUCUGCACCUGGCACAUCUCCGCUCCCGCGGGACACGGCCUAGAGCUGCGCUUCCACAACUUUAGCCUGCAAGCCCAGGAAGAGUGCAAGCUGGACUACGUGGCCGUGUAUGAGGCCAGCAACACGGGGGCCCUUGGCCUCCUGGGCAGGUUCUGCGGAGCAGAGCCUCCGCCUCGCCUCAUCUCCUCACACCAGCAGCUGGUGGUGCUCUUCAGGACAGACCGCGGCAUCAGCACCGGGGGCUUCUCUGCCACCUACCGGGCCCUCAAUAGCACUGAGAAUCCCUGUGGCCCCAGAGAGUUCUCCUGCCGCGAUGGAGAGUGUAAGAGUCUGCAGUGGACGUGUGACACGUGGAGACACUGCCUGGACAGUGGUGAUGACAGCUGCAGCAGCCCCUUGUUCCCACCCCCAGAGCUGGCUUGUGAGCCCGUCCAGGUGGAGAUGUGCACUGGCCUGAGCUACAACACCACGGCCUUCCCGAACAUCUGGGUGGGCAUGGCCACCCAGGAGGAGGUGGUGGAGAUCCUCAGAGGUUAUAAGAGCCUGACAAGUCUGCCCUGCUAUCAGAGUUUCCGGAGGCUUCUCUGCGGACUGCUUGUGCCCCACUGCACUCCCAUAGGCAGUGUCCUUCCCCCCUGCCGCUCUGUCUGCCAGGAGGCUGAGCGCCAGUGCCAGUCUGGCCUGGCUCUACUGGGUACCCCCUGGCCUUUCAACUGCAACAGGCUGCCCGAGGCGGCUGGCCUGGAGGCCUGUGCCCAGCCCUGA